AUGGCAUUUCAAGGCUAUCGAGUAUUCCUAGGCCUUCUGGUCUUUCUUGGCUCAUUGAUUGAUAAUAGCAUUGCUGUUACACCAAGCCUAAUUAACAAUACUGCUUCCCUCAACCGGAGCAGUUUUCCGGCCGGAUUCAUUUUCGGGACUGCGUCUGCGUCUUACCAGUAUGAAGGUGCAGCAAAUGAAGAUGGCAAAGGGCCAAGUAUAUGGGAUUCUUACACCCAUAGAUAUCCAGGUAGGAUAAAGGACGGCAGUAAUGGAGAUGUAGCUGUCGAUCAAUAUCAUCGCUAUAAGGAAGAUGUCGGGAUUAUGAAGGAGAUGGGUUUAGAUGCAUACAGGUUCUCCAUCUCAUGGUCUCGAGUGUUGCCAAAAGGAAAGCUAAGCGGGGGUGUGAACAGUGAAGGAAUCAAAUAUUACAACAAUCUCAUCAAUGAGCUCCUGAAUAAAGGUUUACAACCCUUUGUGACACUUUUUCAUUGGGAUCUUCCCCAAGCCUUAGAAGAUGAGUAUGGAGGUUUCUUAAGUCCUCACAUUGUUGAUGACUAUCGAGAUUACGUUGAGCUUUGCUUCAAGGAAUUUGGGGACCGUGUAAAACAUUGGAUCACAUUAAAUGAGCCGUGGAGCUACAGUGUUGGUGGUUAUGCAAAUGGACAAUUAGCACCUGGUCGAUGUUCUAGUUGGCAAAAUCUGAACUGCACUGGUGGAGAUUCAGGCACAGAGCCAUAUUUGGCUACCCAUCACCAACUUCUUGCUCAUGCAGCCGCUGUUCAAGUGUACAAGCAAAAAUACCAGGCAUCACAAAAAGGUGUUAUAGGGAUUACCCUAGUGUGCCACUGGAUGGUGCCAUUCUCUGAUGCCAAGCACAACCGUGACGCCGCGCUACGUGCCAUUGAUUUCAUGUUUGGAUGGUUUAUGGAUCCCUUGAUAAAUGGUGACUAUCCCCAUAGCAUGAGGUCUUUGGCUGGAAACCGAUUGCCCAAGUUCAGCAAAGAGCAGUCCAAGUUGGUAAAAGGGUCAUUUGACUUCAUCGGAGUAAACUAUUAUACUGCCAAUUAUGCAGCCUACGCACCAAACCUUAAUUCUGGACAUGCAAGCUACCUGACAGAUUUUGCUAAUCUUACUACUGAGCGCAACGGGAUCCUCAUUGGUGCUCCGGCUGCUUCAACUUGGCUCUAUGUCUAUCCUCGAGGAUUUCUAGAUCUUUUGCUUUACACAAAGGAGAAGUAUCAUAAUCCACUAAUCUACAUUACUGAGAAUGGGAUUGAUGAGGUCAAUAAUGCCACCUUGUCGCUUGAGGAAGCCCUAGUGGACAACCAAAGAAUUGAGUAUUACUAUAGGCAUCUUUGGUAUCUUCGUAAGGCUAUCAAGGAUGGCGUAAACAUUAAAGGAUACUUUGCGUGGUCAUUGUUGGACAACUUCGAAUGGUAUUCAGGUUACACAGUUCGGUUUGGCAUCAACUUUGUGGACUAUAAGAACGGAUUGAAAAGGCACCCUAAGCUUUCUGCCCAUUGGUUCAAGAAUUUCCUCAAGAAGUAGACAUGAUGGAAAUUAAUGUUCAUAUAAUUAUCAACUAUAUAUCUAUAAAUAUUGGACAGUUUAGUUCCAAUCAAUAAACUGAAGAUAUAAUUUCUUCUCCAUCUUUAUGCUCUUUAAAUAAAUAAUGUGAUUAUUGUUUGUGUACAGACGCAAGUUAAAUAAUAAUCGUUUUAUACA